GGUCGGAAUGCCCUUUCCACCUAAGCAAUGGCCAGUGGGGUUUCUCCGGCUCCCAGACAAACCCCUCUACCCUCGAUGUACGCCAGCUUCCAUCUCCGCCGUCGGCGACACAGCACCUUGGCGACGAACCGCCGCAGUCGAUGACGUCAUGCUUGUAAGCACCGAUUUCCUCUUCCAUUGUUGACAUUGAUUCGUCGGCUUAAUCUAUGCUUGAGCUCCGUCUCCUGGUUAUUCUCUCUCGUCCACUGAUCAUUGCUUGUGCUGUCAUAGAUCCAAGAGCUGUGGGUGUCAGAAAUUCGUUUUGGAGAAUUUGUCCCUAAAACAGAGACCCAGGGGAGUUCAUGGGCUCUAAUCCGAAGCAUCCUGUGUUUUGCUUGAAAUGGCCAUGGGAUAUGCGCCAAGGCUCAAUCAAUCCAAGUAGAUCCAACCUUUGCACAUUAGAUGAUCCCUGGCUAUUCAAAUCUUUGCAAAAUAUCACAUCCAUUGUGUGCAAUUUCCUCAGCUCAGGGUCACAAUCGUCAUUAUCAUUGAUAAAAACAUUUAAGCCGUUCCAAUUACCCGUUGAAAUAAAUCAAAAUAACAUUUUUAAGACAAAGAAAAGGAUCUUGACUCCUGCAGAACAAGGAGAAGCAGAGCAUAGAGCACUAGCAUCAGCUCUGGCUAGUGGGAAAGAAGCUACACUAAUUGAAUUCUACUCACCCAAAUGCAGGCUUUGCAAUUCCCUACUUCAUUUCGUGUUGGAAAUAGAACGUGGGAAUUCAGACUGGCUCAACAUUGUUAUGGCCGAUGCAGAGAAUGAAAAAUGGUUGCCCGAGCUCCUUCAUUAUGACAUAAGGUAUGUUCCAUGCUUUGUACUGCUGGACAAAUAUGGGAGGGCGCUGGCAAAGACAGGCAUUCCAAGCAGUCGAAGACAUGUUAUAGCAGGUCUUUCUCAUCUUCUGAAAAUGAAGCGUCCCAAAAAUCUUUAAGCUAUAUUUUAUUCUCAAGUCUGUCACAAAACAAAGUUACACUAUCUUGAGGCUAGGUCAUAUGAGAGGGUUUCUUGGAUGCUAAUAUCAUUUGGGUGACCCAGAAUUUCAUCAAAAUUCAGAGUACAAGUUGUUUUGCAGUUCCACAUUUGCAUUUGGUGUACCCCGCUACUGUUUUUGGGUUCUUACUCCAAAACCCUUCCCGUCUCAUCCCAAGUUCUGAAAUUGUGAAACUUCAAUGUAGAAAUUCCUUGAUCAAAAGUCAUUUUGUACAAUAUAUAUUAUAUCUACUCUCUCUUUCUUACCUUAA